ACCAGCAUGGCACACGAUCCGCAGACGGAAUCAUCGAAAGUCAAACGAGAACCCAAUGUGACGCGGGAUCAGUUCAUUGCCAGUAUUCUUCGCGGUGGUGAAGAAGGCCUCUUGGACACCGUCGACGGCAUGGAUUUCGAUCAAGAUAACCUGGACGACUUGGUUGUCGACGGCGACGACGAUGACGAUGAGGACGACGAUAUUCCUGGCUGGGACGCAGCCGACGCGUUUAUUGACGACGAUGAAAUCACAAAUCUGCUGAAUCAAACCAAGGAACGACGAUUGCAAGCUAAAUCGGGCAGUUUGAAAGAAGCAGCAGAACAAUUUCAGAAUUUUGAGGAUGAACUGAUUGUGACGAGCGGCAUCGGUAAAGUGCGCCACCGUAAUCGACGUAGUGUGUUGGCGGGAGAAGCUCGCAUUCCAGAAGAAGCCCGCACUCGACUGGGAGAAGCCAACUCGCUGUAUAUCAACAAGAACUUUGGUGCCGCCAUCGAUCUGUUGCAGGAAGUCAUUACCGAAUUCCCCAACGUGUACCAAGCAUGGAAUACUCUCGGUCUCGUUCACGAAGAACUCGGUAAUACGGACAAAUCGCUACAGCUCCGCAUGGUCGCCGCACACAUGUGCCAAGACGAUGCAGCCCUGUGGAAAGAACUAGGUCUAAAAUCCAUUGAGAAUGAUGCUAUUCAGCAAGCCAUUUACUGCUUGUCCAAAGCGCUGACCCUGAAUCCGACCGACGUUGAUACCCUGUGGGAUCGUGCUUGCCUGUACAGAAAGCUCGGUAAAACCACUGAAGCCAUUGAUGGGUUCCAGCAGAUUCUCGAUAUCGUCCCGCAUCACUUCAAAGUCAUCAACGAAUUGGCUCAACUGUAUCGCACCAAAGGUCAAACAACAGAAGCCAUUGAACUGUACGAGAAAGCCAUCGAAUACCAUCAAAUCAAUGAAAAAGUGGAAGAGGAAGAAGAGGAAGAAGAAGAAGAGGACGAGGAGGAUGAUUUCAAGGAUAAACUAGGUUACGCGGAAAUCAACAUGCUCAGUGAACUGUAUCUCAUGCUCAAUGAAUACCGACGCUGUCUGGACUGUAUGAAAACUGGUGUCCGCUAUGUCCAGCACCGACAGCACGAAACAUGGUGGUUUGACAAUGACGACGAAAAAGAUGACGAGUAUUUGAAAGAAGAUGAUGAAGAAGCCGCAUCGGAUCGCUUAGAAUUCCCCAUUGAAUUGCGUGUCCGCAUGGGCGUCUGUCGCUUAUACCUUGGCCAAGUCGAUAUUGCUACUAAACAUUUCAACUAUCUGCUACAAUACCCUGCCACGGCUUAUCCCGACUUGCACCAAGAUAUUGCUUACGCUUACAUGGAUAAACGACAUUACGAUCUGGCACUUUCGGUAUUCCAAAAAAUCAUUGACGUCUCGGAUGAAGUUGAGGUAGACUUACUGAUUCGCACGGCCGAGUGUUAUCACGAAGCGGGAGAUCUUGAUACAGCGGCGAUUUUCUAUGUCAAUGUGUUGGAUGAGCAACGCGAGAACCUUGAUGUCAUGAUGGCUUUGGCCUCCGUUUAUGAAGAACAGGGCAAGGAAGACCGAGCUUUGGAAUUGGUGGAAUUUGUGAUGAAGAAACAUCAAGAGGCACGCCGACAAAAGAAGACGGCUGAGGAAAAGUCAGCGGCCGAGUCGUCGGAAGGCGGUCCCUCUUCUGACAAACCGGGUCGAUUGACCCAGAAGGCGUCGCUGUUCGAUGAAGCCAAAAACCAGACCAGGACAGAACGGUACAGAAAAUUGAGAGAACAACGCUUGGCCGAGGAUGAGAUGAAAGAAUUGCAAGCCCGCAAUCUUUUUAUGAAAGCCGAAGAAUUGGAAGGACUCAUAGGAAACAAUGUGGCCAACGCAGAUCGUCAUCUCAUGCGCGAAUUCAUGCGAAUUGCGCAAGAAUUAUGGGAAGAUUUUAAUCACACAAGAGCGUUUUAUCCUUCCGUGAGAGAGCGACGAUUUGAGGGGUUCUAUGCUGUGCGAAGAGGUCGACGGCAGCGUUCUUCUACUGGUUUUGAAGCGCAUCAAAUGGCGAGCCGAUUGCGCGACCGCAUCAAGCGAGAAGACGGGGGUGUGGUGGAAAUAAUCAACGAAGAAGAGGAUGAGCAACUUAGGGAUGAAGAGGAACGCGAACUGCAAAUGACCGAAGCCAACCAUUUCCGUCAAAUUCCCUUUGUUAAUUGGCUUCGUGUUUUUAUCAAGUAUGCCAUCAUGCUCACGGCCACUCGACGAUCCGAAAACGCGUAUGAUCUUCUGAAACGAGUCUGCGAAGCCAAUGUGUUCUAUCAUGAUGUGACGAAAAAGACAUCCAUCAAAGCCGCUUUAAUGUGCUGCGGUCUCAUUAGUGGAAACUAUCACAUUGUGAACGAAGCAUGUCGAUGGUUCUCGAAUUUCUACCAGUUCAAAAGUGAACCGUAUCGACUCUACUGCACUGCAUAUUCCAGUGGUAUCCAAGAUAUGCAUGCGUUUAUUGCGCAGAGCAACAUGAAAUAUUACGUGCGCAACAUUCUCCUGAUGGAUGCGGUGGUGGCGCGAGAACGCGUAUUGGCCGGUGAUAAAGAUAGUGUGGUAGGAUUGGAGGAAAUCAAGCAGUUGAAAGCGGUGAUUUUGGCCAUGAAUGUCGAUCCGUCCGCGGCAGAUGAGCAAAACUACAAGCGAUACUACCACGUCCCUGCGCACCUUGACGUCAAGGCGCAAAAAAUUAUGGGCAUUGAAAACCCAAAGCGAGUUAAUCCGGUAUUGCUCACUUUGUUUGGCCAUUUCAACAGUCUUUCGCGAAAUUACGUUUCGGCGGCCUUGUUUUACAUGAGAUCGUAUGCUUUGUCUCCCAAAGAUCCAUUGAAUACGCUGUCCUUGGGUAUCAGCCUGCUGCAAUGUGCGAUGCAACGUAAAACAGAUAACCGACAUUUACAAAUCAUGCAGGGCAUGAUGUUUCUCUUUGAAUAUAGAAAAUUACGAGGUCCUAACCAAGAGACUGAAUAUAAUCUUGGACGUGCCUUUCAUCUUUUAGGUUUAACUCAUUUGGCGGUGCCACAUUAUGAACGCGCGUUAUGUUUACCUUCGGCCGCGAAGCAGGGAAAGGUGGCGGAAAAGGAUAUCAAGGAUGUAUACAAGUGGCCGGUAGAGCAUGAGGACGUGGAUGAGAAAGAAGACAGCUCAGACUUGACAUGGGAAACGGCCUACAAUUUGCAUUCCAUCUAUAUCACCAGUGGAUCCCCCAAUCUAGCGCAAAUUGUACUUCUGAAAUACUGCACGAUAUAGAAAAAGCAUCUAAUACCACGUUCAUCGAUGGAUUUCUGUAGCAGUGACUCGGAAAACUCCCAUCUUCCCAUCCCCCUUGUGCAUAACAUGAACUUUAACAGCUUUCAGCAUUAAUAACCAUCCGUAUCAUGGCAAAAACAAAAAAAAAAACUAUGAACAGUAUU